UGCCAUGUAGUUAGUCAGCUGUCAUUAGAUGCAGAUGACACACACACACAAACACACGGGUAAUCUCACACAGAAGAGGGCGGAAUACACAACGUGCAGAGGACUGUGACGCGUGCGUGCGUGCGUGUGUUUGUGCGUGCGCGCACGCGUGUGUGUUUACCGUGUGGACUGUGAAAAGCAGCACGAUGGCCCGGUUGGCAUGAGAUUUCCAGCCGGCUUGUGACUUGUUAUGGACCUCUUCAGUUAUUGGCAGAGGUGCUGAUAACUGCUGAAGAUGAGUAGCGGUGGGGGGGACACGCCUGAGCCCCCCAAAGGGGACUCAGUAAAGAGGAAAGAUUGUCAGUCGGACCUCCUGGGACCCAGCCCAAAGAGGAGUACUGAGAGGCGCAACAGGGAGCAGGAGAACAAAUACAUCGAGGAGCUGGCAGAGCUGAUCUUUGCCAACAUCAACGACAUAGACGACCUCAACGUCAAACCCGACAAAUGUGCCAUUCUCAAAGAGACAGUGAAGCAGAUCAGGCAGAUCAAGGAGCAGGAAAAGGCUCUGGUGGCUAAUGCAGAGGAGGUGCAGAAGGCAGAUGUCUCCUCCACGGGGCAAGCCGUCAUUGAUAAAGACACUCUGGGCCCAAUGAUGCUGGAAGCCCUGGACGGCUUCUUCUUCGUUGUGAACAUGGAGGGAAACAUAGUGUUUGUGUCGGAGAACGUCAGCCAGUAUUUGCGCUACCAGCAGGAGGAGCUGAUGAACACUAGCGUCUACAGUGUGCUGCACGUUGGAGACCAUGCGGAGUUCAUCAAGAACCUUUUGCCUAAGAGCCUGGUCAAUCAUCGCAGCAGCGAUUCCUCCAACAGGAACAGCCACACCUUCAACUGCCGUAUGUUGGUCAACCCUCACGCCGACGGCGAGGCUCGUCAGGCAGUCGACCAGCAGGACACAGCACAGCAGAAGUAUGAGACCAUGCAGUGUUUUGCCGUCUCUGAACCAAAGUCUAUCAAGGAAGAGGGGGAAGAUUUCCAGUCCUGUCUCAUCUGUGUUGCAAGAAGAGUUCCUGUCAAAGAGAGGCCUGCGAUGCCGGCGAUCGAGAGCUUCACAACACGACAGGACCUUCAAGGUAAGAUCACGUCACUGGACACCAGCGUGCUGCGGGCAGCUAUGAAACCCGGCUGGGAAGACCUGGUUCGGCGCUCCAUCCAGAAGUUUCACCUGCAAAGUGACGGGGAGAUGUCAUUUGCAAAAAAACACCAUCAAGAAGUGUUGAAGAACGGCUAUGCCCUCAGCCCACUCUACCGAUUUUCCUUGGCAGAUGGCAACAUGGUCUCGGCUCACACAAAGAGCAAACUGGUCCGUUCUCCGGCCACCAAUGAACCGCAGUUCUACAUGUCUCUGCACCUCCUGCAGAGGGAAAACAUUGGGGGCAUGGCUACUGACAUGCCCGAGGGGCAGAACCCCGGCAAAUCAAUGACCCCAACUAGCAUGAGCGGGUCUUUCCCCUCACCUGAUGCCAACAUCACCAGCAACAGCCAUCACUCCAUGGGAGCCUCAGGCACACCCGGACGUGGUUUUGGGUCGGUUUCAGGAAGGGCCACCACACCUCAGGGAAGCUGCCAUGCUCUCAAGCUCGGCAGCCCUUCUGGCCAAGGAAGUCCAAGUGUGACCUCGGGGUUCCAGAGUGCCGUGCUGUCUCCGCGUCACCGCCAGAGUCCCAGCGCUGCAGCCAGUAGCAGCAGCUGCAGCAGCCCUCGUCUCCUCCAACACCCGCCCGGAUCUUUCUCCCCGGCGGCCGGCUUGCACUCGCCGCCGUCCGUGUGCAGCACCACAGGAAACAACCAAAGCUUUAACUCCCUGAGUGCGCUGCAGGCUCUCAGCCAGGGCACCAGAAUUUCCCCAGGGCUCACCGAGGGGCAGCAUCCAGAGUCGCCUGACAGAAAGCCAGCAGCUCUGCAGAGUCCCCUUCACAGCACCAAACCAGGCAGCCAAAUUAGCAAGAGCAAUCUGAGCUUAGAGGCGGAGUUGUUUGGCUCCUUUGAAGAACAGGAGGGAUUUUUGUCGUCCCAAGCCCAUGACGGUGCACAGGCAGAUGGGAAAGAUGUUGAUCCCGACAGCCUGGGAGGCAAUGGAAGCCUUGGAGAUCUCGCUGACGCCGCAAACCGCCAUCUGAGCACCAAAGGCCACACCAAGCUGCUCCAGCUCCUCACCACUAAGUUAGAACCUUCUGAUCCUUCCUCCCCACUGGGUCCCAUGGGGGAUGACCAGAACUGUAAGGACCAACUGUGUGGGGCCGGACACAACAACCAGUCCACCUCGUUGAAGGAGAAACACAAAAUUCUCCACCGGCUGUUGCAGAACAGCACCUCGCCCGUGGAGCUGGCCAAGCUGACGGCCGAGGCUACCGGGAAAGAUCCGGUUGGUCCGGAGUCCGCCUCCGGAGACGGCCUGGCCGCUCUCAGUGAACUCUGCACCAAACAGGAGCCGGAGAGCCCGAAAAAGAAAGACAACGCACUGCUUCGCUAUCUUCUGGAUAGGGACGACAGCGGCAUCCUUGACAAAGCCAUCAAAAUGGAACCGGGCGAUGGGCUACAGCUAACCUGCGUCAAGACGGAGAAGCAGGACGAGGGUUUUAAUUUACCCGAGCAGAGAUCGGAGCUGGAGGACCUGCUGGAGGACCUGCAGAAUACCAGCCAGCAGCAGCUGUUCCCCAGCCAGCCUCCGUCCUCCUCCUCGUCUUCAUCAGCACCGCCAGCUGGCUCCUCCGUGGACAAACAGGCCAUCAUCAGCGACAUCCUGCAGAUGAACAGCAGCAGCAGCAGCUCCCCCGGCCAGCACAGAGCCUUCCCCCCCAUCGGACCGUCGGCGAGCUUUAACGGCGUCAGGUCGGGCCAGCCUGGCCAAGGCGCCCCUCCGGUCAGGAGCAUGUCUCUAGACAACAAUAUGGGCUCCAGCCCCACCAGGCCUUUCCCACCCCAGCACAGAAACAACGGUCCCUAUCCCUUGCAGCAGCAAGGCAUCAUGGGAGCCCACGCCAGCAUGAACCAGGCAGCAGCAGCCAACCAAGCCCUUCGAGGCUCAAUGCAGCAAGGCUGGGGUCCCCACGCUCCAACAGGGGGCGGCGCAGGACCAAUGAUGGCCCACGGAGUCAGUCGAAUGGUACCCACACGGAGCGGCGGCCCGAAUGUCUCCAGAGCCUUGGUCAACAUGCAGAUGAUGGGGAACGACCUGGACAUGGCAGCUCCUCCCUACCACGCGCAGCAGGCUCCACCCAAUCAGACAGCUCCGUGGCCAGACCGCAUGAUGAUGAUGGAUCCCUAUGGAAGCCAGAGCAGGCCGCCCUACGGCAUCCCUCAGGAGGACGGGAUCGGCUGCUGUGGCUCCGGGCCUGAAGGUCAGCCGGACGAGGGGGCUCUGCUGAACCAACUGUGUUCGGUGCUGAAGGACUACGAGGGUCUGGAAGAAAUCGACAAGAUGCUGGGAAUACCCAGUCUCGCUGGCCAGGGUCCUCUUUCCGACCAGGACCAGUACCUGGGCCCGUCGGACCCUCCCUCCAGCCUAAAACCUCCCCUCUACAGUCCACAGUAUGGAGGGCAGCCCGGUUAUGGCGGCAUACCGCCUGACGGCAUGUACAGUGCCCAAUCCAUGGGCGGCCACAUGGGGCCUCAGAGGAUGGCCCCGGCAGGCUACCCCCCCAUGAUGAGAAUGGCAGGCCCCCGGCCCCCUGGGAUGAGACCCGGCGGGCCCAAUUCAAUGGUACCGCCACAGCCCAACAACCUGCGGCUCCAGCUACAGCACAGACUCCAGGCCCAGCUGAACCGUCAGCCAGUCAUGAACCAGAUGGGUGGAGUCGCAAACAUGAAUCUACCUCUAAGAUCUAACGUACCAACCCAGGGAGCUGUCAGCGCCCAGAUGCUGGCCCAACGUCAGCGCGAGUACCUAAACAACCACUUACGUCAGCGCCAGCAGCAGCAGCAGCAGCAGCAGCACCACGCGCAGCAGCAGCGUGCCAUGAUGAUGCGAGCUCAGGGCAUCAGCCUGCCACCCAACAUGCCCAGCGGGGGCGCCGCGCCCACGCCGAUGCCCAUGGGCGGGGCCAACCCGCGGAUGCCACAGGGGAACAUGCAGCGGUUUCCCUACCCAGCCUCCAGCUACGGUACAGGCCUGCCAUCUCCUCCACCUCCUCCUCCUCAUCCCGGCUCCUCCAGCCCCUUCUCCUCCCCUCUGUCCCCGAGUCAUCUCCUGACAAGCCAGGGCAUGAUGGGAAAUGUAGGCGGGCAAUACAGCGGCGUAAUGAGCCCACCAUCACAGCACAGUGCCUUCCAGUUCAACACUUCAGGAAUGGGCCAGCAGCAGCAACACCAGGACCCGGUGUCGUGCUUUCCCUGUGGGGCCGGCACGCCGCAGAGCCCCCUGCUGUCCCCCAGGAUGGGGCAGGGUCAGAGCCCCAUGCUGCAGCAGAGCCAGGGCCAGACACAGACCCAGACCCAGGCCCCGAGCCAGGGAGGUCCGCCAAGCUACCAGAGUAGCGCCGACUUAAACGGAUGGUCUCAGCCCGCAAACAUUUCCACCAGCAACAGUGCGUACCCCCAGCAGUCCCAGUCUCAAUACUCGACGCAAUCCGGCGCGGGAAUGUACAGCAGCAGCAGCAGCAGCAUGAAUUCGGUGUCGGCACAGAUGGGUUCAAUGAAUGAACAGGUGGGCGACAGCAGCCUCAUCCUGGAACAGUUCGGAGGAAUCGAUAUGUUGACCCAGGAGAACAACGUCAAUUCUAGCUUUUGCUGACCAUGGCCUUUCCUGGGAACAAGGUACGACACUCGGACCCGUGCUAAAACACUGACGCCCACUGAGCUCACGCAGAAGAAUGAAGAUAAUGAAGGAAAUGCUUGCCUCUACCGCAGCCAACCCUGAGGACUAAGGAUGGAAGAAAAAUGCAACAUUUAGAAACAGCUGAACUUUACGCGGUCUGGUUACUGCUUCUUGAAUUGUUUGGAAGCAGAGUUUGAAGUUACAGGAAAACUGAACCAUUCUGAUAGCAAGCACAGUUGUAGGACAGUCAUGACAGCAGAUUAUCAUUUCCAAUUUGGGAUGUUAUUUAGUCUGGGUUAAAAUUUAGCUGCCUUUUUUUCUGGGCAGACAGCAUUUCAUUGCAAUUUACUGAGGCACAACUAAACUUUGCAAUGGAGCACAGAAUCCCUUUAAUUAAACUUUAUUGGCACUUAUUCAACCAAUUAAAGAGAAACCCCCAAAAAGAAUUUAGGCAGAGUUUUUACCUGCUUUUUAUCUUCUGAAUGUGGCAUCAUUUAAAAAACACAUAUAGAUUUCCGUGCUGAAUAUUUUUGGCUCCAUGAAAUGCUGCACACACACUGCAUAUAAAAUAAAUUUGGGUUCUCAGUUUGGAUAACAGAAAGGUUUCUGAACUGUGUACAAACUAUAGUCCAGCUGCUUACAGAGGAUGUUUGCUAUGAGGAUGUGAUGCAGUUUUCCCUCUUAAAAACCCAGGUUUUCUGCUUCAAAGUCCACAAGGCGAUGCGUUUAUGGUUGACUACUAUGUGUGUUAGUGUGUUUGUGUGUGAAACUAAAACUGUCACAAUUUCACACUGUAGAGAGAUGAAUGAAAUGAAUCAUUUGAUUUUUUUUUUUUUUGUAAAAAAAACUGGUUCUAUUUUAGAGCCUGACUGAAGGUAAAAAAAAGAAGAAAAAAAGAAAUCUUUAUGAAAGUUUUACAGUUAUUUAUAGUUUUAAAGAUGUUUUAGAAAUUAUUUGUAUGGAAGAAAAUCAAUUAUAUCUUUAAAACAAAUCUUUUCAAAUGGUACUCAUUGUUAAUUUUAAAAGUAAUAUAUAUUUGAACUGCUGUUGUACACGGGACGUGUGUCCCCUAUUUAAUGACUUUUCAUAUAAAUGUGAAUGUGUAUAAAUAGUGUACAUAGAUCUUUAUCACCCCUUUUCCUUAAGUGGUAUCAUAAAGAAGCGGUUUGGCGUUUCACAAAUGAUCAAUAGAGUAGAAAUAUGCCAUAGGUUAAAUCAAGCACAGUUUCUCUUUUUAUUCUAACUUCUUGUUGGAUGUGUUGUGGUGAAAUUUGACACAAACGAAAGGCAAAAGCUGUUUGGCAGUGCACAACUGGAUAUGGGAACUGCUAGUUAUUAGCAUAAAAGCGCUCUCAGUAUGCUAAUCGUUAGCAUGUAGCGGUGAAAAACGCCACAACUUGCGUUUCAUUCUCACUUUUUAUGCAUUUUGACCAAAUUUAGUAAAUAUUUUUUCUGCCAUUGCAACUAAAAUACACGUGCAGCCAACACAACUCCACACUUUUUUUCAAAUUUUGUGCUUAAUCUCUCACUGAGGAGUAGCUUUGACUUGUUUUUGUUGUUGUUUGGUUUUCUUUUUAACCCAGUCCCAGUAGAGUUAAUUUUCCAUGAGUUUCAGUAGAGUAGUAAGGUACGCUGCAUUGGAAAAAUAACGCUCCAUCAAUGCUUUCCCAUGCAUUUAACACUUUGGGCUCAUAAUUUGGAUUAUUGUUUUUUAAAAAAAACUGCAUUAGGGUAUAAACUUUCAAAUGGCGUGUCUAUGGUAACUGCACAUCACUACAAUGGUGUCCACUGUUACUCAAACUUGCAAUACUAUGCAAGUGCUCUGUCUUCGCCGAUGAAGAUUGAUUUAACUAUUGUUGCAAUGACCUAGUUUCUAAUAAAUAUGGCCAAUAACUAUCUAAAAACUUAGAUGCUUUCUUAGAGCAUUAAAAUGUUAUUACCAGAUCAUUUCUAAAUACAGAAGAAAAUAAUUUGGAAGAUGAUAUAACUAAACAUACCUCUGUCCUUUUGCAGUUAAUGCUCCUUGGUAUCAAUACACUCACGCACUAUUCAAACCAAAAGCAACAUUCAUGCUUAAAAGCACGACAGGACUUGAUGUUCCACAGAAUUGGUUAAAUAUGCUCACAUUGCAUAAGAGGGCAUCGCUUUAAUAAUUUUAUUUUGCUUAUUCUUUGUGCUCCUGCAGUAAAGACAAAAAAUGACCAGAUUUCAAACAUGAGUUUAGGUUGAAAAGGACUCAACUGUCGUGUGCAAGCUGUUAGCAUUUAGCAGUAAAAGUUAAUUUGUGCUUAUUUUAAUUUUACUUGCAACCAGACAGACUUUGCUCACACAAAAUAACAUUUUCAAGCAAAAAACUCCUCUCUAGUGUGACUUUUUUAUAUUGCUAGCAUAUUUUAGCAUAAGUUAACUCUGAAAACUAUUUUUUUUCUUUUACUCUUUUUGUUUUAUACUUACUUUAUAUGCUUGUUCACUAAAGAUGAAUCAAUAAAGAUGCAGUAUUUUGGUACUGCAUCAAAAAUUAACUUUUCUCCUCAAAGACCAUUUGACUAAGAGUCUCCAACAUUCAAAUAGAAAGAAAUUCAGGAACAUUUUGGGAAUAGCUUAACCACAUUCAUUUCGGUGCUGUUCAUUAGGUGCUGUUUCAUAAUGAAAAGCUUUUAAUCGUGAAUGAAACUCAGCAUGAAUUCAACGUGUGUUUCUUGAAUUGUUUCUGUUUUAGGGACCCGUUUAACAUGUGUGUAGCCCUGAGGAAAAACUGGGAGAUGGAAACUGGAACACUUUAAAGAAAGUUGGAAUUUAGUUUUGCUUCCCGAUUAUUCUAACAGUCAUUAUUACUUUUUUUCCCCCCUCUGUCCUCUUCUGCUAACAUGUAAAACCUCAGAGAUUAAAUGUAGGCCAUAGAAAUGUUAUGAAUGUCUGAAACACUCAGCGAGAUUAAGGUGAAGAUGAACACUCAUGUAAAUUUGUCUCCAGAUGUCUUAUAUGAAGGUAAACUUUGUUUUUUUUUUUCCUUUUGUCUCAGUUUUAACUGAGACAAGAAUACAGACUGGAUAAUUGUGUAUAUUUUUAUCAACUUUAAAUAACUGUAUUUUGUGUAAAUAUGAAUAGUGUAAUGCCUUAGGUGUUGAAUUUUCUGUUAGGUGUUUAACUGUAAGGUUUUAAAGAGUAGCUGGUUUGUGUCGAACUCUGCUGACUUGGUGAUACUCCACUUUAUGCAGUUUAUAAGCAGGAAUUGUAGGUUUCCUCACAACAAAUGAGACUUUCCAAGCUGUGAUUAACUUCUUAAGAUUUAUGUCUGAAAAUCCAACUGUUUCUCGUCACUUUGUAUGUACUGAGAUACUCCUUGAUUAAUAAUAUUCUGGUUUUAAAGGGGUAGUAGUUUUUUUUAUUGUUUUACUAUCCUCUGAUAUGGUUAUUUAGGCAAAUUGAGCUACAGUGGUUGAUACAUUUAAGGUAACAUUAUAGUCAGAGAUCCAAUGAUCUGAAGAUUUGAUUGAAAACUACUUGACAUGAUUUUGGAAUCCAUAACAUCAGGUUUUUCUUACUAGUUUAUACCAAUAAAUGUAAUGUGUAUAUUUCUUUUUCAAAACCAAAAAUGAAAACCCUAAAGGAUGUCUUGAGUGUUGAGAAGAGGCUCUACCUGAACUUUCUGUUUCUGAAUCUGCGUUUAACAAUAAACUGAAGUAAAUACAAGAAAAUAACCCCGUUUGGAAAACAUGACUGAAAAGAAGGCACAGGAGCCGAGCCGUGAAACAUUUUACCUUGCUAAAAAUAUCUCCGUCGGUCUAAGUAGCUGCUAUGUUUAGCAGAUUUUGACCACUUUAUCUGGCUGUCGGGCGGCCCUUUCCGAUAUCAGCCGUCUCUGCCUCCAAAAGCCCUUAAACCACAAACGUUUUACCAAUAGGAACUCAGGAGCCUCUGCCGACUAGUUUUUAUGUCGUCCUUGUACUUUUUUUUUGUUAAUACGUGGGUUUGUAUUUGCAAGAGAUUGAUUUAUUGGUGACUAAAUGCCAUUUAUAGAUUUUCGUCACAGAAAUCAAACCAUCGUGUUCAAUAGAAUUAAAAUGCAGUUGUUCAAAACUUAAAAUAAUUACAAUUCUUAAAUAAUGUCUGAAAUUCUUUGUCAAACCUUUACAUCCAAAGUUUCAUAUACUGAGUACAUUUAAUUUCAAAUAAAAGUAACAAAUUCCACAAUGUACUGCCCCUGUAGCUUAUGUUUUUGAUUUCAGAUUUGUGUAAUUAAAAAGCUUCAGCUCCUUUUAAGGUAGUCUCAGGAUAAUGAUAAAUUUCUAGCAAGCGUAGCAAAGAAAGUGAAGCUGUUUUCCAGUAUUAAUCUAAACCGCAUUAGACGCCACAAUUUGCUGCAAGCUCCUUUUGACCGAGGCCACUGUAAAAUACUAAAUGCUGUAAAUCUAUAUAAAUCAUUCAACCAGAGUUUCAGGGGUUCAAAUUUGGUAUUUUUCAAGUAUUGUCUGCUGUGAAGGUGAUAAUAAAUCUCAGCAGUUACACAGUUCAGUUUAAACUGUUUAUUUAGUUGUUGUUUUUUACCCACUUUAUGCAAACUGUCGACUCUGAUGUUGCUUCAGCCGAUGCUGCUCGUUGAUUUCUGAUUGAUGCCACUGUAAAUAAACUAUUUUUAUUGAGCG